AUGGCCGCUUCCAUCCUCGACCUGUCGCCCGACAACAUUGUCAUCCGGCCGUUGUCCGUGGCCGACCACGCGGCCAGCAUAGCCGUCGAGAAUGCCGCCUUUACCAAUCCGAAUCACCGCGCCUCGCCUGACAAGCUUUCCUACCGCCUCACCGCCUGUCCAGAGCUCAGUCUCGGCCUCUUUGCCAAAGCCACGGCUGCCGACGGUGAGCUGGAGAUGGAGUCGGACGCCAGCGGCAACAUCCUCGUCGCCCACAUCAUCGCCACGCGCUGCCACGGUCGUCUGGCCUCGGACGCCAGCAUGAACUACCCCAAGGACUGGCGCACCACUCUGGCCACUACGGUCGCCACCGAAAAUGGAACGCCCAUCGGCCACGACCCCACUGGCACCACUGUGGCGCUGCACUCGCUCGCCGUCGCCCCCGUGGCCCAGCGCAAGGGUGCCGGCUCACGUCUUGUCCAGGCGUUUGUCGACAAAAUGGGCCGCGACACGCCGGCCGACCACGUCGCCAUCAUCUGCCAGGAUUACCUCGUGAACUACUACAAGAAGCUCGGCUUCGCUCUCGUCGGUCCCAGUGCUGCCCAAUUUGGCGGCGGGGGCUGGUAUGACAUGAUAUACGACCUGCCCAAGAGCACAUAG